GUGAUAAGGCCUUCUCUUUCCUUCUUCUUUCUUUUCGUUCUUUUCUUCUUACUUCGAUCCAGCUCGUCAUGGAAGAUUUCGAAAAGAUCGAGAAGGACCUGGCCGAUGCCGGCUGGGCGCGCACGGCCAAGGACCUUUUUGCGGGCGCUGCGGGCGGCAUCACUCAGGUCUUGCUAGGGCAGCCUUUUGAUAUCGUCAAGGUGCGGCUACAGACGACGUCUCAGUACUCAAGUGCACUGGACUGCGCUACCAAGAUUUUCAAGAAUGAAGGCCCAUUAGCCUUCUACAAGGGAACGCUGACGCCAUUGGUCGGAAUUGGUGCUUGUGUCAGCGUUCAAUUUGGCGCCUUCCACCAAGCGCGAAGGUUUUUUGAAGAACAGAAUUCAAAGAAGCACUCAAACCCCAGCCUGUCCUAUACGCAAUACUACUUGUCAGGUGCGUUUGCAGGCGUGACGAACUCUGUCAUUUCUGGACCUAUCGAGCACGUCCGUAUUCGCUUGCAAGCCCAGCCCCAUGGUGCCGGACGGCUAUAUAGCGGCCCGAUAGACUGCGUUCGCAAGAUAUCUGCCCACAAUGGCGCCCUUCGCGGCCUCUACCGCGGCGAAGUAGUCACAAUUUUCCGUGAAGCGCAAGCAUACGGUUUCUGGUUCCUAGCCUUUGAAUAUAUGAUGAACCAAGACGCAAAGCGGAACAAUAUCAAGCGGGAAGAGAUUUCCAGUCUCAAGGUUGCUACUUACGGUGGUCUCGCUGGUGAAGCGCUCUGGUUGUCCAGCUACCCAUUCGACGUUAUCAAGAGCAAAAUGCAAACCGAUGGUUUCGGCGCUGAGCAAAAGUACAAGAGCAUGACUGAUGCUUUCAGGAAGACCGUUGCUGCUGAAGGGUACGGUGCGCUCUGGAGGGGAUUGGGUCCAACGUUGCUUAGGGCGAUGCCAGUGUCAGCGGGCACAUUCGCUACCGUGGAGCUGGUAAUGAGAGCGAUUGGUUGAUCCUAUCAAUGGAUAGAGCGAGAGGAGGAAGACGAUUGAUGAUUUUCACCUUGCAUAUGUCUUCAACGAGCUUGCAUGGCUGGCUUUGGGUUACGGGUUUAUAUCGAUAUCGAUCGUGCCGAAGAUUUUUAUGUUGACGAUGGCUCUUAUACUGGAUAAACGGAUGUUUCUCAUUCAACAACAGGGACAAAAGUGAUUGCUUUAUUUGUUUAUAGAGGGUUUUCAGACUCGUGGUAGUAUAUUUCAUGAAUGUCACAAUUUUGGAAUGAACUUAGUUAAAAAUCAUAGUAUAAUUUUUUUUUCUUGCGGUUGCUUGACCUUCUUUUGUGCUUAUAUAAGUUUGCGAGGCUUGCGAGACUUGCGAGCCGCAAGAUCGACGAGAAAAAAUGGCUGCCUUGUUA